CAACAUUACCACGACUCCAGAAAGUACUACCACAAUGGAGACCACCACAACAGAAAGUGCAACCACUGGCACCACAACUCCAGAAAGUACUACCACAGAGACCACAACAACAGGAAGCACCACAACGGACAUUACGACAACAGAGAGUACCACCUCCGGUACCACCACUCUAGAAAGUACAACAGCAGAGACCACAAUAACAACAGACAGCACCACAAUGGAUACUACAACAUUGGAAAGCACCACCACCGGUUUAACAACUUCAGAAAGUACAACAGCAGAAACUUCAACAACAACUGAAAGAAUCACAACAGAUACUACAACUACAGAAAGCACAACUGAAUCCACAACAACAGAAAGUACAUCAACAACAGAAAGCACUACCAUUGGUACCACAACUCCAGAAAGUACAACAGUGGAAACCACAACAACAGACACUACAACAAAAGAAAGUGCCAACAGCUUUACCACAUCUCAAGAAAGUACAACAACAGAAAGCACCACAAUGGAUACUACAACAACAGAAAGCACCACCAUCGGUACCACAACUUCAGAAAGUAGAACAGCAGACCCUACACCAACAGAAAGCACAACAAGUGACAUAACAACAACGGAAAGCACUACAAUAACAGAAAGUACAACCACCAGUACCACAACUCCAGAAAGUACAACAGCAGACACUAGAACAACAGAAAGCACAACAACAGAGACCACGACAACAGAGAGUACCACCACCGGUACCACAACUUCAGAAAAUACAACAACGGAGAUGGCAACAUCAGAAAGCACCAAAACAGAUGGAACAACAGACAGCACCACCAUCGGUACCGAAUAAAAAUUUAUUAUUUUUAAAUU